ACAAAUUAUUCCAGAUGAUCACUAGAGAAGUGCUACUUGCGACGGGGCUUUUGAUCGAUAUCGUAUAUGCGCAAUUUGACGCUUCUACAUGUGGAUCACAGAAGGGUUGCUUAUUCGCCCCACCUGGCUGUCGUCCUGGAACCGAUUGCAUGAUCCAGUUCAGUUAUGUGGUAGAUGGCCCCUUUUUGGACAUGGAAUUGGCGGGUACACCUAGCGUUACAAAUGGAUACAUAGCGGUAGGCUUCUCUCAGGACGACAGAAUGGGCGAUGAUAUGGUGGUCUACUGUGCGAACUUCAAUGGAUCACCGGUUGGAGGUUUGGCGAGGAAUGAGCCUCAAAAGGCAAAUACUUUACUGAGCAAUGUUGGUAUCCAAGAUGUGAGACAAGCUGUUGUGAACGGUAAUGCGCUAUACUGUGCAAUCAACCAGCGCAUAGAUUCAAACGAAGCUGGGUUGGUGAAUCUCAAUGGAACCUACUACAUAUUGCUUUCGAGUGGCCCAGUUGAGGGAAACCGACUUAACUAUCAUGGAACAAAUCGUUAUGUACUACCACGUACAGUGUUAUCUGCCUAUGUACGAGGUGUAGGAUUCGUCGGAGGUUUGGGACGAGACGAAGGUGGCAGGUCGACUAAUGAUAGACUCAUGAUAGCACACGGAAUAUUGAUGGUUCUCUCGUGGUCGAUCUUUCUAUCAACUGGUAUUCUUUUCGCUCGAAAUUUCAAAGGACACUUCCCUGAUACCACCUUAUGUGGCCUGAAGCUUUGGUUCCAUUUCCAUCGCACUCUCAACAUGAUUGGAAUUGGUGGAACAAUUGCUGCAUUCGUUGUAGUCUUCGUAGCUCAUGAUUGGCGAUGGAUCGGCCCUAAAGCGUAUCAGUCUAAGGAACUUAACAACAGAUGGAGUUCGGUACACGCAAUGCUUGGUUUGAUUGCUUGCGUUGUCGCAUGGGCUCAGCCUCUUGGGGCUGUAUUCAGGUGCCACCCAGAUCACAAGGCGAGACCUAUUUUCAAUGUAGUACAUGGUUUCUUUGGGGCAGGAGCGUGGCUAUGCGCUGUUGCCGCCAUAAUGAUAGCCGUCGUACAUUUUAAGGGCAUGUUCAGCGACCGUGAUGCUGCUCUUGGUCUUUUCAUUGCGUUUACAGCAAUAGCUGGACUAACCAUAAUAGCCAUGGAAACACUGACUUUCAAAGUUUGGUGGACUGGUCGACGUCGCGUUAGUGAAAUGGAAAUGGUUCGGGUGGGUGGUUCUAGUGGUAGCGCAGUCUCAGAAGAUAUCGAAAAGGCUCAACGUCUACAAUGGUUUAUACUGCUCUUCUUCUUAGUUGUUGCUAUCGGUACUGCCAUUGCAAUUUCGAUUCUCAUUGGACUAAAACCAAAAUUGUAG